ACGAGGAACCUGACCAACUCUAACUGAAACCAUGUCAGUCCGCUUCCUCUUCUGUCUCAAUUUAUAGAAACGCCACCACAACAGUCCUGCUCUCACAGACGCCGUCGCAGUUGCUCAGCGUAGUGCACGAGAAUGGACGGCGUUCAAGGCGGUAAAGCCUACGGUCUUCUCAAGUCCCAACAGGAAGAAAGGCUGAACUCAGUCAAUGAGGUUUUUCAGUCAGAUCCACAGUAUGCUGAAGAGGAAGACCUGGCCACAAAGCUGGAAAUGUUUAAAAAUAAAUACAUGGAGUUUGAUCUAAAUGACAAAGGAGAAAUAGAUAUCAUGGGGUUGAAGCGAAUGCUGGAAAAACUUGGAUUGGCCAAGACGCACCUAGAGCUGAAAAAGAUGAUGUCAGAAGUGGCAGGAAGCGCAUCAAAGGACACAAUUAGCUACACGGACUUCCUGAACAUGAUGCUGGGCAAAAGAAAUGCAAUUCUGAAGCUGAUCCUGAUGUUUGAAGGCAUGGGGAAGGAACAGGAGCAGAAGGACACCGGACCCCCUCGGCGUAAAACCUUCUCAGAUCUCCCCUGAAGAACCCUUCUGCCCCAUCUGGAAACGACUGUUUCUGAUUUCAGAUUAAAACACCUAAAUGUAUAACGCGACACAUCAGGUAUGACGUCACAUAUGUGGAGUAUCGACCUCCACAUUUAACGGACUAGAUGUUUAACACAGCAAUACUUUAUUAUGACACCGUUCAAUACGCGAUGUUUCUUGUGGGUUUCAUUUUAAACACAUCCUGGUGUGUUACCUGUAUUAGCACAUGCUAAUAUUACAAAACAAUUCCAGAACUUACACGUAACGAGAACGUGAUAUAACUGUAUUGUAAAUAAAUAAAGAUGAUAUAUGCGCA